AUGGGCACCCCUCUGCACAGGGCUGGGCCGCGCGGCCGAGCUGGCCUGCACCGCCGGCCCCACGCUGGGGGCGCCACGGAUGCCAGCGCCGGCGAGUACAGCUGCGCCGCCCAGAACCGCGAUGGGCUCCUGCUCAGCCGCAAGGCCCGGGUCCAGCUGGCCACCCUGUCGCGGUUCCACAUGCACCCCGAGUCCAUGGCAGUAGAGGAGGGCGGUGUGGCACGCUUCCAGUGCCUCAUCCAGGGCGUCCCUGAGGCCACCAUCACCUGGGAGCGCAACCGCACAGCACUGCCACCCGACAACCCCAGGUUCACGCUGCUGCCGGCCGGCGUCCUGCAGAUUACGGGCGUGCGGCGCGCAGACGUGGGUGCCUACCGCUGCAUGGCCACCAACAUCGCGGGUGCACGCUGCAGCCGGGAGGCCUGGCUGGGCCUGAGCGGUGAGCACCUGAGCGGGGUGGAGCCGACAAUCCUGUCGGGGCCGCAGAACCUGACGCUGACGGUGCACCAGACGGCCAUCCUAGAGUGCAUCGCCACCGGGCACCCGCGGCCCAUCGUCUCCUGGAGCCGCCUGGACGGGCGCUCCAUCGGCGUGGAGGGCAUCCAGGUGCUGGGCACAGGCAACCUGAUGAUCGCGGACGUCUCGGUGCAGCACUCAGGGGUCUAUGUGUGCGCAGCCAACCGACCCGGCACACGCGUGCGCCGCACAGCCCAGGGGAUCCUCAUGACGCUGAUGAUCCAGCGCAUCGCGCCAGCGGAUGAGGCCAUCUACCAGUGCAUCGCCGAGAACAGUGCCGGCACCAACCAGGCCAGCGCCCGCCUGGCUGUGGCCCCCGCCCAGGAGCUGCCACACGCCCCCGAGGGUGUCCGCGCCGCCGCGCUCUCCACUACUGCCAUCCAGGUGGCCUGGGCCGAACCCGCACCUGAGGUCACGGACAGCAUCAUUGGCUACGUACUGCACAUCCGCCGCGCGGGCGAGUCAGAGAGCCGUGAGCUGCAGGAGGCCGUGAGCAAGGCGACCUUCCAGCACGUCUUCACCAACCUGGAGCCGUCCACCACCUACUCCAUCUACCUGCGCGCAUACUCGCCUCUCGGCGCCAGCCAGGACUCCCAGCCCAUCCUGGCCACCACGCUAGGCAGCAUCCCUGCAGCGCCCGGGUUCUUCACCAAGGUGCUCAACGCCAGCGCGGUUCAGGCCUUCUGGGAGCUGCCGUCCACACCCGGUUCCAUCGAGGGCUUUAAGCUCUUCCAUCGGCGGCUGCCAGGACCCUGGUUCGAGGGGCCACAGGUGCUGGGCAGCACAGCCAACUCCUACGUCUACAGCGACCUGGAGCCCUCAGCCACAUACGAGAUCAAACUCCAGGCCUUCAAUGGGAACGGGGACGGGAACAGCAGCCUGCGCCUUGUCUCCCUGCAGGACAGCGUGCAGAAGCCAGACAUGGACCCCGCGCGCCCUUGCCCCUGCAGCGUGGAGGGGGAGAGCUCGCUGGCUGGCAUCGUGGUGGGUGUCCACAUUGGCAUGGCCUGCAUCAUCUUCUGCGUCCUCUUCCUCAUGUUUGGAUACCGCAAGAGCCUUUUCUGCAGGAAAGGUGCCCAGAGCAGCUGGACAGUGCCACAGGGGGCUGAGCCGGGGCAGCCCGGCACCCGCGGGGCCAAACCUGCUGAGAUGAUCGAGCUGGUCACCCAGGCUGCCCCACACGUGGCGGUGACGGUGGAGCGGUGCCCAGCACAGCAGGUCACGGACUAGUGCAUGCCUGAG